UCACUGAUCCACAUUUUAAAUCAUGUGUGCCGUGUAGCGUGUGCUAGUAAAACUUAUGUAACUUGUGUUUAAAUAUUACUCAAUAUUUGUAAAAUUAUUAUAAAUAGUAAGUUAUUCAACAUUACAUAUUAAUUCAAGUUUAAAACUGUCGUAGUGUUAAAAUUAUAAUUUAAAAUAUUUAUUCAAAAAAAUGUAGUUUUUGUUUAAGUAAUUAUAUUUUGGUUAAACCAUUUAUUACAAUUUUAGUCAAAACUGAUUUAAUCACUUGACAUUCAACUGCUAUUCAGUAUGUCUGUACUAAACAGCAAGUCGGGUCUCAAUAGACUAUUUCCAUUUGCAAAAAAAAAACCAAACAUACCUUCUAAAAUAAAUGAUAAAAUAGAUGCAAAAUUUGCAAAACCUAAAUCUAAUGAUGACAAAAUCGAUCAACUUUUCAAAGUUCCAGAACCAAUUGGACAUAUUAUUUUAAUCGAGAAUAAUGAAAACCCUCAGGCAGCACAAGUAAAAGAAUAUACAAAUGUUGUGCCAAAAAGUAUCCCUACAAAAACUGAAAUAUGUUCUAAUGUUAAUGGUACAGAGUUAAAAAAAAAAAAGAAUAAAUCUAUUAAUUCAAAAUUACUUGUAGAUGAGCCAGAUAAUACUUUAGAAGAUGUAAAAAAACCCAAAGAAAAUUAUCAGCGAUGGAAUAUUCCAUUUUCUAGUAAAUUCAAAGGAAAAGAAUUUGAUAAAAAUUUAUUAACAAUGCAAGAUCUCAUUUACUACAACCCUGUCACCAAUCCUAUUGUAAAAGAAACUAAAGUUGAACAAAAAGAAGAAGAAGAUUUAGAUAACGAUCUAUUAUCUCUUACAGAGAUGGAAAAUAAGCCUUCAGUGUCUAACAGUUGUAUAACACCUUGUAUAAAAGUUGGAGUAGAUGGAAAAAUAAUAAUUGAUCAAGAAACAUUAACAUUAAGUGAAACUGGGUUAGAAGAGAAAAGAGAAGAACUUGCAAAAUCUAAAGUUAUUGAAGUGUCUGGGUUUCAGUCUCGUAGUUACUCUUAUAAACGUAAGAGGGAACCAUCUAAGCAAUGGAAUAAAGAUGAAACUCUUAAAUUUUACAAAUGUUUGAUGAAUCUUGGUACUGACUUUUCGAUGAUUGAACAGUAUUUUCCUGGGCGUACUAGAGCUCAAAUAAAAAGAAAAUAUAAGACUGAAGAAAAGAAAAAUCCUCAAUUAAUUAAUGGUGCCUUAACUAACUCUGCACAGUAUGAUAGUGUUCUAAUUGAAAAUAUGAUCCAAGAAGUUGUACCUGAGGUAAUUAAUUCCAAACCAAGUUCUGCUGACGAAGAUCUAGCCAAAACAAAAUCACGUAAACGGCUCCAUGACAAUGUUACACGUGCAAAAUGUGGAAGAAUGAGUGUAUGUGCAUACAUGAUGGAAGAAGAAAUCAUAUUAAAGAAAAAGAGAAAUGCACCAAACAAAAGUAUGACAGCAAGUAAAUUAAAAGAAGAAGUUCUUCAAUUACAAUUAUUAAAAAAACCUAAAAAAACAAUAAAAUCAAAAAUAAAUAAAGCAAAUGAAAAUAAAAAUAAAGAAGGUAGUAAGGGAAAAAAUGAAGAGGAUAAAGAAUUUGAUAUAACUGAAGAGAACCCCAGUGAAGUAAAGCCUAAAGUACGAACACUUCAAGAUUUUCACGAAGAAUACCAAGAUAAUAUAACUAAAUUUGAAGAUUCGGACAGCAAUUAAUUUUAUAAUAAGUCUAGACUUGUUAGUUGUUUAUUAUAAUUCUUAUUUAUACA